AUGAGCUUUUCAUCAUCUAGACACUCGCAGAACGUCCCUGCCCACUUUCUCCACUCACCGGUCGAUCAGGAUGUCCGGUUACCCCAAAAUAUCGCCCACCGAGGCUUCAACGGCCAAUACCCCGAGAACACAAUUCUGGCAAUCGAGAAGGGUAUUGAAGUAGGCGCUCACGCCAUCGAAAUCGAUCUUCACAUCUCCCGUGACGGAGUCGUUGUGCUUUCACAUGACCCAAGCCUCGAACGAUGCUAUGGCGUGAAAAAGAACGUUGGAGACUGUGACUGGUCGUACCUUCAGACCUUGCGAACAUUGCAGGCUCCCCACGAGCCUAUCCCUCGCUUUGUCGAUGUCUUGGAAUACCUCCGACAGCCCGGUCGGGAGCAUAUCUGGAUCUUGCUCGACAUCAAGCUUACCCAAGACCCGGACGCCAUCAUGCAGGGCAUCGCCAAAGCUACAGAAUCAGUCCCCAUAGCCGCCAUCGGACCUGACUGGCACCGUCGCAUCGUGGCCGGCACCUGGAACGGUCGUUUCAUCUCUGCCGCAUCGAAGCAUCUCCCUCGCUACUCGUUAUCCCUCAUCUGCGCCGACCCCAGCUACGCCCGGCAGUUCCUCGAAGUGCCUCGUGUGGGCUUCAACAUCAAUCAAAAGGUGUUGAUGGGCCCGCUCGGCAAGGGGUUCUUGGAGGACGCCCGUGCAGCGCGACGCCAAAUCUACGUCUGGACGGUGGACGAGCCUAACCUGAUGCGCUGGUCUAUUGAACACGCGGUUGAUGGUGUUGUUUCGAACGAGCCUGGUCGGUUCCACGAGGUCUGCGACGAUUGGGAGAGGGAACAUUCGGACCUGAAGGUCAUACCCCAGAAGGUCCGCAUCACUUUCAAGCAGCGCAUGCAAGUCCUGGCCAUUGCGCUUUACAUCAAGUGUUUUGGCUGGUAUUAUCGACGCAAGUACCUCUCUCCUAUCGAGAGGGUGGAUCUCAGUGCAAACAAGUUGGGUUAG